AUGGCAGCCUUGAGUAAAAUUCGUCAUAACCAUUUCAUCUAUAGAGGCUUUCGUCUCUAUUCUAUAGGAGGAGCUUUUCCUGUUACAACCACGCACAACAAGAGAAGAGAUCGUCAGCUUCUGCAACGCCCUCAUUCUUUGAAUAUUCAGAAUGAAAGACAGUUUGUAGGAGUUGUUGGAGCCGCUGCUAGACAUCUCUUGAAACUCCGUUACUUUCUUGCAACUGGAGUCAUCGGAGGUAGUGUAGCAGCCAAAACAUGGUACGAGGAAUGGAAGACUAAUCUUCCUGACUUCUCGUUACCAGAAUGGGCAAAGUUUGAUGACAAUCCUGCUCUAAAGGAAUUUUAUUCAAGCAUAUCUGCCAUGAAAAGCAAAUUUGGUGAAGUAAAUGGACAGAACAAGUUCUCUGACUGGUUGAAAAGUUUGGAGUUCGAGAAGAGAAGUCAAGGUGACGGAGAACAGAGUGGAAGCAAUGGUAAUAAUAAUGAAGACAAGCCACCAAUCAAAGAAAGUUUGUUACUAGCCUCGAUGGCUUCCGCAUUUGGUUAUCAAAAUAAGGAUGAAGAGAAAACUCAGUCAGCUGAAGAAAGAAUUCAGAAGCUUCAGGAAGAAAUGAUUCGUACUCAAAGUCAGUAUCAGAGAGAACUGGAGAGACUUGAAAAAGAGAAUAAGGUGUUAAAGCAGAAAAUUCUACUGAAGGAUAAGGGUGAAGUCGUCAGACUAAAACGCCUGAAGAGAUCUCUGAUUGAUAUGUAUUCGGAGGUAUUAGAUUUACUGAAUGAGUACGAUUCUUCUUAUAACACGGCGGAUAAUCUACCUCGCGUUGUUGUUGUCGGAGAUCAAAGUGCAGGGAAAACAUCGGUUUUGGAAAUGAUUGCUCAAGCAAGAAUUUUCCCUCGUGGGUCCGGCGAAAUGAUGACCAGAGCACCAGUGAAGGUCACACUUUCUGAAGGUCCCUAUCAUGUCGCUCAGUUCCGUGAUUCGACAAGGGAGUUCGAUCUUACCAAAGAAGAUGAGCUUAGCUCACUUCGUCAAGAAAUUGAAGUUAGGAUGAGAAAUACAGUGAAGGGUGGCUCCACCGUAUCUAACGAAGUUAUUGCUCUUACUGUCAAAGGACCUAAUCUCCCAAGAAUAGUAUUGGUUGAUCUUCCUGGCGUUAUAUCCACUGUAACAGCAGACAUGGCUAAAGAAACUAAAAACGAUAUCAUCAGAAUGAGUAAAUCUCACAUGGAGAACCCAAAUGCCAUAAUCCUCUGUAUCCAGGAUGGGUCAGUAGACGCGGAGAGAAGUAACGUCACAGAUUUGGUUAGCUCAAUUGAUCCUGCUGGAAAAAGAACUAUUUUAGUUCUGACUAAAGUAGACAUGGCUGAAAAAAAUCUUGCGAACCCCGACAGAAUCAAGAAGAUCUUAGAAGGAAAGUUGUUUCCUAUGAAAGCAUUAGGAUAUUUCGGUGUUGUUACUGGCCGCGGAAAUACGUCAGAAACCAUCGAUGAUAUUAGAAAGUAUGAGGAGCAGUUUUUCGAAACCAGCAAGCUUUUACGUGAUGGUGUUUUGAAGCCUUCUCAAAUGACAACAAAAAAUAUGUCUCUUGCUGUUUCUGACUGUUUCUGGAGAAUGGUUAAAAACUCUAUCGAAAGCCAGACUGAUGCUUUCCGUGCUGCCCGGUUCAACUUAGAAACUGAAUGGAAGAACACUUUUCCUCGAGUACGACAACUCGACAGAGACGAGUUAUUCGAUAAGGCUCGUGGGGAACUCCUCGAUGAAAUAGUGAAUUUGUCACUUGUUGGAGCUGAAGAAUGGGAAGAUGUUAUCCGUAAAAAAUUAUGGGACUCUGUAGCCGGUCAUGUCUACGACCAAAUUCUCAUGCCCGCUAGCUUCGUAGAGAGCGCCGGUUCAUUCAACACGCUUGUUGAUAUUCGUCUGAAGCAUUGGGUUGAGAAAGAACUACCUCAUAAAAGUGUUCAAACAGGAUGGGGUGCUUUGCGAGAUGUUUUCACUCGUCAAGUUACUGCUGAUCAUUCCAAAAGAGAUCAUGACUCUUUAUUCGAUGAUCUGAAGACAUUUGUUUUAGAGGAAGCCAUGAGUACUCAUGUUUGGGAUGGUAAAGCGUUGGAUUAUUUGAGAGUUAUUCAGUUAAACGCCAUGGAAGACAAAGUAGUCCCUGAUCGCAAGGCUUGGGAAUCCGCCUGCAAUUUCAUGUUGAAGACAGCACAAGCGCGGCUCGAACACAUUGAAAAAAAGCUAUCAGAAGCUCGUGGGCCCAGUUUGUUCUCAAAAUGGGUUUACUGGAUGACGCCAUCUGCUGAUAAUCACUUUGCUUCUGCUGCUCAAGAUGAAAUCACCCAAAUUUUCGAAACAGAUCCAGAGCAUAAGCAGGCUCUGACUGAUGAAGACAUUACGGUUAUUCGAAGAUCUCUAGAGUCCAAAGGUUUCAUUGAAAUGCCCGUUGACAUCAUUAGACAACAAUGGAAGUUGAUGUUUAAACGCCAUUUCCUAAAAAGAAUUAUUCAAAGCAGUCGGGAUUGCCAAGGAUUUUAUCAGCAUUAUAAACAAGGCCUGCACGCCAAUGAAUUAGAUUGCCAAGCCGUUAUUCUGUUCUACAGAAUUGAGAAAAUGUUGUUUUUGACAUGUAAUGCAUUGAGACAACAAAUAACAUCAACUGAACAGAGAAGGUUGGAAAAAGAAAUUAAAGAAGUUCUUGAUGAUUGGAGCCAGGAUGCUCCCGUGAAGAAAAAACUUCUGAAAGGAAGACGAGUAGACUUAGCUGAAGAAUUGAAACAAGUGCGAAGAAUACAGGAAAAGCUCGAAGAGUUCAUGAUUCAGCUCCAACGGGACAAAUAA